AUGGACAUGUACAAUCUGAGCAACAACAACAACGCAGGCCCCUUUAUCCUUUUGGGAAUUCCCGGCCUAGAGCAGUAUCACAUCUGGAUUAGUAUCCCCUUCUGCUUUAUUUACCUUGUGGCCAUCGUGGGCAACAGUAUCCUUCUCUACCUCAUUGUAGUAGAGCGCAGUCUGCAUGCACCUAUGUUCUUUUUCCUUUCCAUGUUGGCUAUUACUGACCUCAUAUUGUCUACCACAUGUGUCCCCAAAACCCUGAGCAUCUUUUGGCUUGGUCCCCAGAAAAUCAGUUUUCCUGGAUGUCUCACCCAAUUAUUCUUCCUACACUACAGCUUUGUCCUGGACUCGGCUAUCCUGCUGGCCAUGGCAUUUGACCGCUAUGUGGCCAUCUGCUCCCCUUUGAGAUACACCACUAUUCUGACCCCCAGAAUCAUCAUCAAAAUUGCAGUUGGAAUCUCCCUUCGAAGUUUUUGUGUUUUUGUUCCAUGUGUUUUUCUUGUGAAUCGUCUACCCUUCUGCAGGACACAUAUCAUCCCCCAUACAUACUGUGAACACAUAGGUGUGGCCCGGCUCGCCUGUGCAGAUAUCUCCAUCAACAUUUGGUAUGGCUUUUGUGUACCUAUCAUGACAGUCAUUACCGAUGUGGUCCUAAUCGCUAUCUCUUACACUCUCAUCCUCUCUGCUGUCUUUCGUCUCCCCUCCCGAGAUGCCCGUCAGAAGGCUCUGGGCACCUGUGGUUCCCAUGUCUGUGUUAUCCUUAUGUUUUACAUCCCAGCAUUCUUCUCCAUCCUUGCCCAUCGCUUUGGGCAUAAUGUCCCUCGUACCUUUCACAUUAUGUUUGCCAAUCUUUAUGUAAUCAUCCCACCAGCUCUCAACCCUAUUGUCUACGGUGUAAAGACCAAACAGAUCCGGGACAAGGUCAUUGUCCUCUUUUUUCCCAAGCAAACCCAGUGA